AUGGCCCAGCUGCCCGUGAAAAAACGGCGUCCUCCUCGGGCUGAGCCUGGUCCUCAGCCAGCUAACUCAGAGGUCCCGGUGCAUUUCCCCGAAGUGGUGCUUGGCCUGGUUGAGAAGAGGAUGGGCAGAAGCCGGAAGACGUUCCUGACCUCCUUGGCUCUCAGCAGAGGUUUUUCUGUAGAUGAUCCCCGCAGUGAGAAAGCGACUCACAUUGUGUCCNCCAAUGUGACUACUCCGAUGGCGCCACUAGAAGAAAAAGGCCAGGUGCCUCCCUACAUCUGCCAGAGACGGACUCCCCUGCAGCACCACAACUCCACACUCACGGAUGCCCUAGAAACCAUGGCAGAAGAGGCUAAAUUCACGGGCAGUGAAGUUCGGAGCUUGGCCUUUUCCAGAGCUGCUUCGGUGCUUAAGUCCCUGCCUUGGAAGGUCAGCAGAAUUCAGCAACUCCACCCCGUGCCCGGCAUCGGAGAGCAUUCGCGGAGAAUUAUCCAGGAAAUGCUGGAAGAUGGCCUUUCUGCAGAGGUGGAGAAAGUUAGACAAUCUGAGAGAUACCGGACGAUGAAGCUUUUCACCAAGAUCUUUGGAGUUGGGGUACGGAUAGCCAGCCAGUGGUACCAGGAGGGGCUCAGGUCCCUUGCUGACUUACAGCUGCACCAGAUAAAACUGAAUAAAGAACAGCAAGCAGGACUUCUUCAUUACGAGGAUCUGAAUACCCCCGUGGAGCUCUGGGAGGCCGAGGCCAUCAGCCAGGUGGUGCACAAGGUAGUUGAGGAGGUUUUGCCUGGAGCGAUGGUCAUGCUGACUGGAGGAUUUAGGAGAGGGAAGCCAUGUGGCCAUGACGUGGACCUGCUCAUCACCCACCCUUCUGAAGGUCAAGAACUGGGACUUUUGCGCAAAGUCAUCAGUGUCCUGGAGAGCCAGGGCUUCUUGCUGUAUCACAGUUUCCACCGAAGCAGCUUCCUCUCCCUCGAAGAUGAAGAGCUGUGGGUUAGCGGCGGUUCAAGCACCAUGGACCACUUUGAGCGCUGCCUCUCCAUCUUCCAUCUUGGGGAUCUUGCUGGAAGCCAUCCGGGGGUUACUGGGCUUCAGAAGCUCGGCGCCUCAGUGGGGCCCGGUGCAUCCUGUCCCCGGACAGCUGUGCGGGUGGAUUUGGUUGUGACCCCCUUCAGCCAGUUUCCUUUUGCUCUGCUUGGCUGGACCGGCUCACGGAAUUUUGAACGAGACCUCCGCCGUUUCUCUAAGCGUGAGAAGAAGAUGACCCUCAACAGCCAUGGCCUCUAUCACCUAGAGCAGAAAAUUUUCCUGGCCGCUACCUCCGAGGAAGAGAUUUUUCAGCAUUUAGGACUGGAGUAUCUACCGCCUGAAGAGAGAAAUGCUUGAGCCUUUGUUGUGCAAAGCAGUUUUUUCACCCUGUGGAAUUCACAAAUGAAUGAGAACCACCCAGGUUACACUUCAUAUAACCUUCACUUGUGUGUG